AAUGGAUAGCUGUGUGUGUUGGUGGAUGUUCCUUUUUUUCCACGAAGUGUGGAUUUUUUAGUAAGAGAUUAGACACAGUUUCUCGUGUAUCUUGAUUCGCUUAAAUGUAAUCGCAACGGAGAGAGUUACGUCGUCUUCUCUGUACUCGGACACGAGCACAAAGUUGCUUGACAUGGUGAGUGAGAUAUGGAGUAACACUGACACUUGCUUCGAAAUAAUUUCCUUAGGACAUGUCAGACAGAAUAGAAAAAUCAUGGGAUCACCCGUGGACCACAGAAGAAAUGAGGAAGAAAAGAAGGGAAUGGAGUCUAGCGGGUGAUGUUGGACUUCUUAAACAUCUGCAACAAUUUUCUGAGAACUUGGUAUCCAAAGCCAAUAAAACCCAAGCAGCUUUAGAUACGUUAACAACACAGUUGAAAGAGACAGGAAUAUUAGUGGACAAUGUCACCAAUACAUCUUUAGCACUAGCCAAUACUCAAUUCAUUGAAAGUCGUGUACAGGAAGAUGACAUAGAGAUGAAGGAAAAUCCUGAGGAGAAGCAAGAAAAUGUAAAGACUCAAGAGUCAGCGCCAGAAAAUCUGCUGGCCAGCAUAAGCCAGAGUGUCAAGCAAGGUUUGAACAUAAUGGAUGAGAAGUACAAAAUGAUGGAUGUGGCUUGCAGUGACAGUGAAGAAGACGACGAUGGUGAAGUAGUAGUCAGUGUCAUGGUGGGUCCCAACGAUCCAUAUCAGGAUCGGCCUUUGCCGUACGUUAUCGGUUCCGACAAGUGGACGACAUCGAGUAAGAUUGGCUUAGAGAGCAGCAGCAGCGAAUCCGAGCAGCCAGACGAAGAAAGAGAAGAAUCAGAGAGUGAUAAGGAAGAGGACAUGAGCGCGCAAAAAGUCUUCAACAGCCGGCACAAUCCGGAAAUCAAUAUUGCGAGGUUGUCGUCGUCAUCCUCCAGCGAUUCGGACAAUUACAAUAACCCGAGCAGCAAUAUGUCAUAUAUGAAUAACAGCAAGGUGGAUACACUGUCUCAGAAUAACAUUAAUUCCGCCUCCGAGUCCAUCACACCUAACACCGUAUCGAAGACCUCGAAUGAAACGACGCCAAACUUCGCGGAGGAGUUGGCCAAACGACUAGGCACCGUUCGCCAAGCGCAAAAGCCUGUCACUGUGGGCGAAGCUAAUGAGUCAUCGAUUAAUAGAUUCAAAGAUGAUCUGUUCGCGUCAGAGAGGGAUGAUGACGUGUUCAACGACGCUUCCGACAAUCUGUUCAGCGACAAGAAGGAUCUUUUCGACGAGAAAGUGUCUACGAAUCUGUGGAAGGACAGACCGAUCAAAUCUUACAAGAGCAAUAUCAUACCUGCCAGUAUAGAUGUACCGCCGCCGAUCAGUAUAAUUUCAACGAAACCAAAAUCAGCGAUUGACGAUUUAUUCGCCGACGCCGACUCGGAAGAGGACUCUGACGAUAUUUUCUCUUCGAAAAAUAUUGUUAAGAAACGCGCAAUGCAUUCCCCGGCUAGCGGAAAUGCUCAGGCGAAGAAUGCGGAGGAUAUGCCGAAGAAAUUCUUAGACGUUAUAGCACCCGGGUCUGCUGGCGGUAACAUUGCCACGAGUACGCCAGAGACUAACAUCAAAGUUGCAAACCUGUUUAGCGACGAAGAGAACGACGAUGGCGAUCUAUUCGGUGCUCCCAAAAAGCAACCGCAAAAAUCCGCCAUGAACACGUCUGUGGAUACAACACAAGAUUCAAAUAAGAAGAAACCAGUCGGAGGAGUGUCGAUACUCAGACACGUCGUGGCGUCCGACAUCGAGAGCAAACUGUCAAGCCGGAUGAUGAGGCGACAGUCGUCUGACUCGUCCGAUAGUGACGCGCCAGGAAAUUACGAUAGCGCGAGGAGCACCGAGCCGGUGUCUGCGGAGAGAGCUAUGCUAAACGAUAAUAUCGCGGCCGAGAAUCCCACGGAGAGCAUAUCCGCGAUUAUCGAGAACAGCAACAGCAGCGGGGUGUCGAUGCAACCGCCCAGCAUCGAUAACACAGCGGGAUCCGGUUUGUGGGUGAAUUUCCACCCGGAGAUGUGCUCGACGAGGCUCAAGUCCGAGGAGAUCUACCGUGAACGCGUCACCAGCGACAGCCUGUUUACGGCUCGAACGUGCAAUCCCUCCAACUCCAACUUGGCGAACGGUAGCAGUAAUCAACAGCAACCCUCCCGGCAAUCGGAGCAACAAAACAUUUCGUCGGCGCUGCAGGACGACGUGUUCGAGAACGACGAUCUGUUCGGCCCACCGCCGUUGCCUUCCAAGUCGGACUCGAAGCGUGUCAAGUCGAAGGUCUCGUCGCUCUUCGACGACUCCGACUCCGGCGACGAACUCUUCUCCGCCGCGAGUUCCGGCUCCAGGUCGCAGAAGAGUACGGAUUUCCUCGCCACAGUCGCGUCGACCGACAGGACGAAGCCGACGCCACGAGGAGCCGGCCUGUUCGACGACGACGUGGACAUAUUCGGCGGCAAGGACGUUCCAGACGUCGAUUUAUUUGGUGCGACUUCGAAGUCGAUGUCGAAGGACGCCGUCUCGGACAGUCUGUUUAACAAUCGUAGUCGGGAGCCGGUGACGUCGAAGAGCAGUAACGUCGACAAGUUACCGAGUACAAAAAUGGAGCCAAAGAGGAUCAGCUUGUUUGACGAUGACGACGGCGACAACGAUGGCGAUCUGUUUGGCGCGAAGCCAAAGCCGAAGCCGAAACCGAAAAUCGAGCGAAAAACUGACCUCUUCGGAGACGAGGACGAUUUGUUCCUAUCGGUCAAGACGAGUAAAGAACACUCUUCGGUGGGGAAAGACUCAUCGAUCGAACCAAAGAGCAAUGUCUCCAAGGAUGUUUCUAUCCUUAACGUUGAGAAGAAGAGCAAAGACGCUCUUCCGGGAACCAAAUUGUUUUCAAGCGCCGCAAAGACUCACAACCUUCUGUUUGAAGACGACGACUACGAUGAUCUGUUUGGCAAAAAGGAGACGAUAGUGUGUAAGAAUGACGCAACAAAGCCUGAAUCGAAAGGUAAGGUAAAACAAGACCUUGUCGAAGAGGUAAAGAAACUUCCCGAAGAGGACAAGAACUCCUCGAAUGUAGAUUGCGACGUGAAGACGUCUGUUGACUUGAAUAUUGUCGCGGAUCAGCCGGAGAACUAUGUAAACAUCGAAGGAAAUAAAACAGACGUCGAAGAGACGUUCAACGUCGAGGAGGAUAUCGAUGGUAUGACAAAGAAGAGCCCGCCGAAGACGCUGAGCAUUCGAACCUCAUCACCACCCGAGGACAACAGUCAGACGUCACGAAGACCGGUAUCUGGUAAGAUAAAGAACCUGAUGGGGAAAAUGGGCGAUUUGAAGAUACUUUCACCGAUGGACGCGCCGCCGAUGUGGAGAAAGAGCGAGGACCGGACGGAUGAGGACGAAGACAUCGUGGACAAGGACAGCGACAGCGGAGGUCUAACCACUGCUGGGCGUAUCUCACCUCCAAGCGUGUCAGAGGGCAGUACACAGAAAGAGUCCUCGUACUCGACGAUUUCCACUACCAGCAACGUGGAGGUAGCCAUCAACUUCGACGACCUGGCACAGGUGGAAACGUUGUCCACCACUGCGUCCAAGAGUCGCGUGAGGAUCCAGGCGAAACGUCGUCCUCAAAGCCGACAUGCCCGUAAGUCCGCGUUGCGGCACAGCGGUAUCGACUUCGACACGGUCGACAACGCGGAUGACUCGCAAGAGGAGAGCCACGCUAGCACCUUCUCGCACACGUCCAGCAAAGAAUCUACCAUCCCGAUUGCGAGUGCCGAUCGUUUGAACGUCAGUGACAAUGCUCAACGUAAUACGCUUGAUCCUAAUACAGACGACAAGUCCGAGCUGGGUAGCGUCAGCAAAGAGAGCUCGAUGAGCGUUAAUAAGAACACCUUGUUGUCACCGUCCACCGAUGAGGAGGAUUUGUUCGACGUGCCGCCAGACUUACCGGAGGACCCGCAGAAAGAGGACACGUUGUUCGGCAGAGCGCCGAUACUUUCGCCGGUCGGCAGUGAACAGUCCGACAAGACACCCGUUGUUGUCAAACCUCUGAUAGACACCGUGAUCAGAAACGUCGAGGCAGAUAUGAUCAGCACGAUGAGCGACAACAGUAACAAAGCACAAGAUUCCGACGAAAUGAUGCGAUCAGACCAAGUCGAUAGCAAGUUCGAUACGUCGAAGAGUCGUGAAAAGAAAGACGAGAAGCGUAGGAAGAACGACGAGCUGGACGAUGAAGCCAAGAGAGAGUCCGGCGAGGAGCCAAGUGAUCCUCUGCGAGACAGCAGCCACGACCCGCUGAAGAAUCCUAGUCAGUUGUUCGCAUUUGUCACGAAGACGCCGUCGCCGGAUAAGGGUAAGGGUCUGCUGUUCUCUGAGGACGAUAGCCUGUUCUCCAGCGGCGCGAGGAAGCCGAACGACGAGCGGCCGCAAAAGAAAGAAAUCUUGGAUUUGUUCGCAGACGACGCGGGCGGCGAUCUUUUCUCCGCGCCGUUGAAGAGGACGGUGAAGAAACCGCUGCGCGACACGAAGAUCAGUCUUUUCGAUGACGACGACGGGCGGAACGAUGAGGACGACAGUCUGUUUGGCAACGCGAGCGUGAAAACGCGUCUCGACGCUCAGAAGUCUACUUCCGCUCAAGCAGGCCGUAAAAAGAACAAUAUCUUCGACGACGACGACGAUGACGACUCCAGCUUAUUCGUCGAAUCGUCCGGCCACUCGCAAAAGUCGGACAGCGCGUCGAUCUCUGUCAGUGAAUCGAGGCAGGACUUCACCGACACUACCAAGACUUCCAACUUGAAGAACAUAUUCGGCAACGACGCGCCGUGCGACGACGACGACGACGACGUUGAUAUUUUCGCCACCAAGCGAAUUGUUCCUAAGAAAGUCGCGCCGUCCAAGUCUCUGUUCGCGUCGGACGACGACGAAGACGACGACGACGGCCAUAUCUUCGGUAAGCCGUCCGCCGCUUCGGCGGACCCCAAGCCGAGAACGGUGAUCGCGAGCUCGCGACCGGCUGUGAAGAAACCCAUCACCAGGGACCUGAAGAAGACGGCCGAAAAGAUCGUCGAGGAUCCUCUGAGUCUUCUUCAAGACGAUUAACUCCGUGAUAAACGCCCAUGAGAUUUCGCAUAUAUAUAUAUAUAUAUAUAUAUAUAUAUAUAUAUAUAUAUAUAUAUAUAUAUAUAUAUAUAUAUAUAUAUAUAUAUAUAUAUAUAUAUAUAUAUAUAUAUAUAUAUAUAUAUAUAUAUACAGGUAUAUGUAUGUUUAUUUAUAUAUAUUUCGUUACGUUAAAUGUCAUGAUAUCAUCCGAUCAAUAAAUGAUGUGGAGAAUCCUCUGUGCGUCGUGAGACCUGAGGCUGGAUAAAGUGCAAUUUUCUUUAAGCAAUAGAGAAUUUUCCUCUUCGCUCUCUUGCCUGUAAUAUUUAUUAUUAUUUCACCAGUCGGAUCUGGAUUACUUUCUCUUUUAACAACACACGUGUGCCACAUUAGAUCGUCUUAAUCUGCUCGCUCGUCGACUGAUUUUCACGGUAAAUCAGGGAAAGCACUGUCCUCAUUUGUUCGAAACACAACGAAUGUAAUUUAAGUUGAUAUUUAUAUCGAUGUCAUCGAGAUGAGCGCAUGAAAAGGCGCGCCUUAUCCGCGCGGUAGAUGUAUAUUUUCUGUACCGUCGCCUCUCCCUCAUAUCUCGCGUGUAAAUUCGCCUCACGCUGGCGAUUGCAUGUUAUGUAUAUAUUACCCUGAUGAGUCACAUACACACACACACACACGCACACACACACGUUAGUACAAUAAAAUUUAUUCAACGAA